AGACAGCUUCGGCCUCCUGGGGACACCAAGCUGCAAGAAACCGGGCUCUUUAAGGCCAUGUUUCGCAGAGUCCUGCGUCUUGGCUUGGGCCCAGGCCUCCCAAACCGGGGGUUACGCACACGCAGAGGAGGCUUUACUCUGGGUAAAGCUGAAGGCAGCAAAGAACUGGGAUGCAAAGGUGUCUGAGUUUAAGAAGAAGAUUGAGUCUAUCCUGCCUGGAAAGAAGUGGGAGGUGCUUUAUGACACCAGCCACCUGCCCCCAGAACAGGCAGAUGUGGUCAUCGUAGGAGGUGGGAUCCUUGGCCUGUCGGUGGCCUUCUGGCUGAAGAAGCUGGAGAGUAGACGAGGUGCCAUUCGGGUGCUGGUGGUGGAACAGGACCACACGUAUUCACGAGCUUCCUCCACAGGGCAUUCUGUGGGUGGGAUUUGGCAACAAUUUUCUGUGCCUGAGAAUGUCCAACUCUCCCGCUUUUCAAUCAACUUUCUACGGAACAUAAAUGAGUACUUGGGUGUGGUGGAUGCUCCUCCUGUCGACCUCCAGUUCAACCCCUCAGGCUGCCUCUUGCUAGCUUCAGAAAAGGAUGCUGCCACCUUGGAAAACAAUGUGAAAAUGCAAAGGCAGGAAGGAGCCAAAGUCUCUCUGAUGUCUCCUGAGCAACUGCAGAACAAGUUUCCCUGGAUAAACGUGGAAGGAGUGGCUCUGGCGUCUUAUGGGUUGGAGGAUGAAGGUUGGUUUGAUGCUUGGUCUCUGCUCUCUGGUCUUCGUCGAAAGGUCCAGUCAAUGGGAGUCUUUUUCUGCCAAGGAGAGGUGACACGUUUCAUCACUUCAUCUAACCAAAUGGAGACUCCAAGUGGGGAGCAGGUGGUCAUGAGUAGGAUCCACAAUGUCCACGUGAAAAUGGACAAGAGCCUAGAGUAUCAGCCGGUGGAGUGUGCUAUAGUGAUCAAUGCCGCAGGAGCCUGGUCUGGGCAAAUUGCAGAGCUGGCUGGAAUUGGGAAGGGACUUCCUGGCACCCUCCAGGGCACCAAGCUACCUGUGGAGCCAAGGAAAAGGUAUGUGCACUUAUGGCACUGCCCACAGGGACCAGGUCUGGAGACACCGUUGGUUGCAGACAUCAAUGGAGUCUAUUUCCGACGGGAAGGAUUGGGCAGCAACUACCUAGGUGGCUACAGCCCCACUGAGGAAGAAGAACCAGACCCAGCAAAUCUGGAAGUGGACCAUGAUUUCUUUCAGAACAAAGUAUGGCCCCAUUUGGUCCAGAGGGUGCCAUCUUUUAAGACUCUGAAGGUACAGAAAGCCUGGGCUGGCUAUUAUGACUACAACACUUUUGACCAGAAUGGCGUGGUGGGCCCCCACCCACUAGUUGUCAACAUGUACUUUGCUACGGGCUUCAGUGGUCAUGGGCUUCAGCAUGCACCUGGCAUCGGCCGAGCUGUGGCUGAAAUGAUACUAGAGGGCCAAUUCAAGACCAUCGACAUGAGCCCCUUCCUCUUCACCCGCUUCUUCUUAGGAGAGAAGUUACAGGAGUACAACAUCCUCUGAUGUGACAGCUCUUCUCUGAGCCUCACCAGCCCGGGUGUCACCUUGUCUCACUUUGGCUAUAGUCACUGACCGAGUCUUCCCCAGGACUAUGCCAGUGCUACAUCCUUUUCCUCACCAUCUUCUAAGCCAGGCCACUCUUCCCCAAGGUCUCUGGACAUGGGAUGAGCACAGGUACAGGGACCCAGGCCAAUGGAAAGUGAUGAAGUGGGACCCUCGGACUGAAUGUAGCUUAGGCUCAUGCUGCUAUCCAAAAUAGUUCAGUUGGCAUCCUGGCAGGGGGCCCAGGAUUGGCCUCCUUCCUAGUACUGAUGCAGAGAAAUGGGUCUCUGACUCUGGCCAGAGCCAAGGCACACAGCAUCCUAGGAUAACCUGACCCAAAUGUAUUGACUUGUUGUUUACCUAUUCUUCAAUCAAUAUAUAUAUGUGAUUAACCUCUUCAUUGUGGUCUU